CGCAGGACAGUGCAGGGAGACGAUACAGCUACAGGCGUAUAUUAGAGUUGAAGUGUGUUAAGAUGUCAGAGGGAGUCUAUGAAAACUCAGAUGGAUUUGAAGACAACAAACCUAAUGCAAUCAAGAACACAGGCAUUGAUUGCCAAAUAUAUGACAACGUAGGAAACUUCAAUCCCAGUUCAAGAGAUGGAGGUAUUGCUUCAGAGCCUGAUAGAUCAGGGAAGAGACCCUUCCUAGUUGUUGCUGUGUUUCUGGGGCUACUGUGUGUUCUACUGGCUGGGAUCAUAGGCCUGUCUGUCUACUAUAACAGAGCCAUUAAAGAUUCUGAGGAUAAAAGGAACACCUUGUUCCAGAGUUUCUCCCUUUAUAAAAUCAACGCAACUGAAGAGAGAGACCAGUUACAGACCAGAUACAACAACCUGACUAGAGAGAAAGGCCAUAUUCAGGCAAAGCGUUUUGUGAUAGAGCAGCAUUGUCAGGAGGGAUGGAGAAAAUUUGACUCGAGGUUGUACCUCCUCUCUACUGAGAAGAAAACCUGGAAGGAGAGCAGAGAGGACUGUCUGGAGAGAGGAGCAGACCUGGUGAUCAUAAACAGCAGAGAGGAACAGACAUUUCUCUUCAACCUCCACAUGAGAGCCUGGAUUGGUCUGACUGACUCUGUUACUGAGGGGACCUGGAAGUGGGUGGAUGGCACCCCACUGACCACAGGGCACUGGGGGAGAGGACAGCCUGAUAAUGGUGGUCUGUUCUCUGGGCAGCAGGACUGUGUUGAGAUAUACUAUAGACAAGAUGACCCUGUACAGACAUGGAAUGAUGACAAAUGUGGGACAAAUCAUAACUGGGUCUGUGAGAAAGUGGUGUAACAAUAACCUACUGUAACAAUCUCUCUCUUUGCCUCUCUCUUUCUCUCAAAGUUUUUUGUUGAUGUUUGGAUACAGUGCUGAAUGAUUAAGUGAUGAAUCCACCUAGUGGCUAAAGUGAGAGAUGAACUCACCAUAGAAGUGAAAUAGUGGUAUUACAGACUUGUCUAUGAGCUCUUUUUCAAUUUGGCUUUACUCGAUUCCUCCUCACAUCCUCUCUCCUCCCCUCCUUCUCAAAACACAUUGGAGAAUACAAUCCUAGUGGAGGGGCCUUGGACCUUCUCCUCUGACAGGGUUGAAAGGAGGAGAAGAGAUAGGAGGAGAGGAAUCUAGGAAAGUCUAAUUGAGAUAGAGCCUUAUUGUCAGAGAGAGACAUAGAGGAGGAGGAAGAAAAUUAAGAGAAUGAGGAAGAGAGAAAAAAUAAGACAAAUAAUUGUUGUGUUUAGAUUUAGAGGAGAGAAUGUAGACAUACUGUACUCUGUAAAAUGAUUCUUCAUUAUUUCUAUUAGAAACAUGUCAUGUGAUUUGCCAUAGGCUUAUGCUUAGUAAAAAACAAGUGAGUCCAGUUAUUAAUCUAUGAUUAUCACUUCAAUAAUAAGAAUAACAAAGUCACAGAUUAAUAAAUAAAGGAACAAUGUUCUUUAACAAGGUCUACCAGCUUCCUGAUUGAAUGUGAUUGGAUACUUAAAACAGU